ACAAAGUCCUUGCGGUUUCCUUUCUCCUCUCACUGGUCAAAAUUAAAUCAAUUAUUUAUUUGCUCCUGUUUCAAUACUUUUAACUUUCAAAAUCGUUCACUGUUUUCUAAUUACCAAUUUCACAAUUAGCAUUUGUUAUCACUGCCGUUACCGUUGUUACUUUUUAAAACAAUCAGUUUUAAUAAAGCUAGACAUUCUAGCCUAGAAGCAACACCCAUAAAACACCAGUCGCCAAUUGCAAAGUUUUUAAUUUCAGAGUUAAAAUACAGCAUCCACAAAUUCGUCCACCAGAAUCAAGGGGACGAAUUGUUCGACUUAUUGAAUCUGCGGUUUCAAGACAUCCGUCAAAAUAGGGCAUCCGGCCGAGAAACUAAAUAGGCGACCAAAACCUAAAACAUUCCAAAAGCUGAGUAAAAAGGCACCUCGAAUGGCAAGCGUUGUGGAAGGUUUGGAAACUGGAUCAAGUUCGGCUGGAUCGGAGGACGCACCUGCUACUCCUGUUCAAGCACGAGAAAUGGAUGAAAAGAACCGACAACGACGUUCGGUGGUCAUCAUACGGGAAGUAUACGAUUCGGAGAAUGCCAAUGAAAUUUUUGAGCAACAACUGGAACAAGCUUUGGUCAAUUCAGUGGACACUAUCAUCAUUGAACCAUACAAGUUAGGCGACGAAACUUCUAGAUGGAUUGCAGUUGGAAAUUGUCUUCAUAAGUCUGCUGUGUUAGCUGGCUUCGGAUCUAUAUUAUCUGCUUUUGUGUGGCCGGACAAAGCGUUCGUGUUUGUCCCAGCGACAAUACUUUCCUCCCUUUGCACUGGCUUGUAUUCAAUUAGUUGGCAGUUUGAUCCCUGUUGCAAGUACCAAGUGGAGAAUAGUGGAAAUCACCUAGAGCAGCUCGCUUUAGGAGGUUUGAAUUCAGCGUCCCCAGUCGUCUUGGUCCGAAGAGAUGACACCCGAAGAAAAAUUCUGCACACUGCCGUAACAGCCGCAUGCAUUAGUCAAACCAUGCUUAGACUCUACUUUCCAUACUUGAACACAUGGUUUGGAAGAAAUUCAAGUGGAAUGGGAUCCGGAAAUCAAAUUGCACCAUCAAUAGCUACAAAUCGAUUAGUUAUUUCUGAAUUACGUGAGUUUCAACAGCCGAUAGCACAUACACUUAAUAAUAGUGCUCAGUUUAUGAGUAACCUCUUUGGAGGAGGCCUUAAUCUUCUGUAAUUUGUUAAUUCUCGUAUCUAUAAAGAACGAAUACUGAUAAUGUUGUACCUUGAUUAUUAUUACAGAAUUGAAUAUCUGAAAUGUGAAAUAAGGUGGCAUACACAAAUUGACAAGUUCACUUAAUAAUACGAGAAUAGAAAGACUUGUUAGAAGUAUAUAGUAGACGCUGUAUGAAAACCGAAAAAUAUAUCCGAUAUAUAUAUAACAUUGUACUAUUAAUAUUACGCAUGUUAAGGCAAAGUCUAGUUUUCUGUUAGUAAAAAAAUGUCGCAAAUAAUAUGCGCCUUUUAACAAAUUCUGAAGUGGAUAUAAACUAUAUCUGGUUGGAGGCAUACCCUAUCGUUCAAAAUUCUUAUCCCAUUCUUUCGAAAUAUAACCAAAUGAAUCCACCUGAUUCUGAUUUAUCUCAGCAGAAUCAAAGACAGAUUUUUAAAUUUUGCUUUGUUUCUACUUGCUGUCUGCUGGGGUGUGAUGUGUACUAUCUUUUGUAGAUUUUAUGAUUGAAAGUCUUUAAUUCAUCAAGUAAUUAAUGUGAUGAGUUUGAGUGUCUGUUUGCUAUAUAUAUUGUUAGAUGAAUAUAUGGAAAACGUGAUCUUUUGCAUAUAAUGUUUUAUUAAAUGAAAAUAUAAUGCCUUGUCAAAAUAAUAAAGCCCGUAAAAGACUAUAUAUAUGCAAUCUGACACCGGACACGAAAUGAAUGAAACAUUUGCCAGCAAAUCUUUAACUAUGCGACACUCAAACCCAAAAAUAAACGACUGAUCUAAUUUA